AUGGGUCAAAUAGAAGAACUCCCCGACGACUACGAUGAGUCCCAACCGCUACCACCAUCUACAACGACAGCUCCGAAAGAAGCGUCACAAGCAAUCCCGCCCUCGCUCUUCUCAAACGACAACAUUCCCUUCCCCAUAAUACCAGACAAAGUGCAAAAUGCGGACCCGCUGGCGCCAGAAUUACCGCCUGCGAUGGCAUCGAUUCGAUCAUACACACCCGAUCAAUUGGCGGACAUGAUGAAGAAGACGCCCUUGUUUAUGACGGAUUUGGAGAAUGCCGGCGAUGAGGAAGGAGAGAACGUCAUGCUCGAUGCCAUUCGCGCCCUCCAAUACGAAGGAACACGAGGCGAAGUCGCGCUCAAUUUUAGAGAACAAGGAAACGAAGCCGCCAAAAUGAAGCAUUGGACGGAUGCAAAGGAGUUUUAUACAAAGGCUAUUGCGAUUCUAAACGUGAAAAAGGAGGAUGAUAAAUGGGAGAAACCAACCGAUCUGGAAAAGGAGGAGAAGAUGUUGAAGGAGGCUAGGGAGGCGUGUUAUGCGAAUAGGGCGUUGUGUAAUUUGGAAUUGAAAAAUUAUAGAUCAACAACACUAGACUGCGCGCAAGCCCUCAAAGUCAACCCCAAGAACGUCAAGGCCUACUACCGCUCCUCAAUGGCGUUACUGGCCCUCGACAAAAUCGCCGAAGCCACAGACACCGUCGUGAGAGGACUAGCAAUCGACCCCAACAACAAAUCUCUACAACAGGUCUCCGAAAAAAUAACCGCCCGAAAAGAAGUCCUCGAUAAAAUCGCCGCUCGGAAAAGAAAGGAAGCAGAAACAAAACAAAAGGAGAAAUUAUUGCUGUCCACGGCCUUGGAAGCACGACAAAUCCGCGUGCGCAAAACGGACGCAAAACCGGAUAUGGAAGAUGCGCAUAUCGCAUUGACGCCUGACCCAUUGUCGCCAGAGAGUACGCUGGUGUUUCCCGUUAUGUUCCUGUACCCUAUGGACGCGCAGACAGACUUUAUAAAAGCGUUUUCGGAGAUGGAUUGUCUUCAUGAUCAUUUGGAGUAUUUGCUCCCGUUGCCAUGGGAUACGAAGCAGGAAUAUCAGUCUGCGACGGUGGAUUGUUAUAUGGAGACUGUGACGGGUGGGUUGAUAAAAGUUGGCAAGAAGUUGCCGCUGUUACAGGUUUUGUCGGGGGGCAAGGUGGAGGUUGUGGAUGAGUUGGUGAGGAUUAUCGUUGUGCCGAGGGCGAAGACGGGGAAGUUUGUGGAGGAGUUUAAAGCAAGGAAGGGCAAGUCUUAA